UUAAUAAACAAGAAUAGAAAUUUUGAAAAGACAUGAUCCCUCACAUGGGUAAAUUGUAAAAUUGAUGUAGAGGUCGCCGUCCCAUUCCUUUCCUUCACAGUUCUUCUUCUUCUUCUUCUUCUUUUCUAAAAAGAGAAAAAGAAGACAAAUGUGUGACUGUGACUAACAUUAAUUAAUUAAUAAAUUAAAGGGUUGACAUAUUUGAGGGUAGUGGUGGCAAAUAGUAUGAUUAUAAAUAGCUCAAGUUAAAACACUUCUCAUCCCAACCCAACUAUAGUCUUUACGUUCGCUAGUGUACCAGUCAAUUUACAACUCCCUCAUAUAUACACUUGUGUUCUUCUUGCUUCUUUACUUCUUUCAUUCAUGGCGAUUCCUGUGAUUGAUUUCUCUAAGAUCAAUGGCCAGGAGAGGGCCAUCACAUUGGCUGAAAUUGCUCGUGCUUGCAGGGAAUGGGGAUUCUUUCAGUUGGUGAACCAUGGGAUCCCAGAGGAACUGCUGGAGAGGGUGAGGAAAGUAUGCUCAGACUGCUACAAGCUGGAAAGAGAAGAAGGAUUCAAGGCAUCAAAGCCCGUCAACAUACUAAAUGAUUUGUUGGAGAAGAAGAGUGGUGCGGAGAGUUUGGAGAAUGUAGACUGGGAAGAUGUUUUCCUUCUAACUGACAACAACGAGUGGCCUGAAAAAACACCUGGAUUCAAGGAAACCAUGGCUGAAUACCGGAGAGAAUUGAAGAAACUGGCGGUGAAAGUAAUGGAAGUGAUGGAUGAAAACUUGGGUCUACCAAAGGGUUAUAUCAAGAGGGCAUUCAAUAGUGGAGAAGACAAGGAUACUGCUUUUUUUGGAACCAAAGUGAGCCAUUACCCACCAUGUUCUCACCCAGAGAUGGUGAAUGGUCUCCGAGCCCACACAGAUGCCGGUGGUGUGAUCUUACUCUUUCAAGAUGACAAGGUGGGUGGUUUGCAAAUCCUGAAAGACGGUCAGUGGAUUGAUGUUCAACCAUUGCCAAACACCAUUGUCAUCAACACUGGAGAUCAGAUUGAGGUGCUCAGCAAUGGACAGUACAAGAGUGUUUGGCACCGGGUUCUGGCAAAACCAGAUGGGAAUAGACGAUCCAUUGCCUCCUUCUACAAUCCAUCUCUUGAGGCCACUAUAGCUCCUGCACCGCAACUGGUGGAAAAAGCUGGCCAAGAGGUGGAAAAAACAUACCCUAAGUUUGUGUUUGGAGAUUACAUGGAUGUUUAUGCUGAGCAGAAGUUCCUUCCUAAAGAGCCCAGGUUCCGAUCUGUUAGGGCUACGUAAUAAUCAAACUAACUACAUGGGGCAAAUUUUCAUAUUCAUAAGAAGAUCAAACUGUUUAAUUUCUUUGGUUCUUUGUUGUUUCUUUUUUCUUAUUUUUGGUGUAUUUUUUGUUUUGUAUUUGGGGUUUAUGGUGUCUCAUUCACAAGUAUUGCCUAAAGGGCAAGGGCAGGAAACUCAAGUGGGUAUAUUAUUAGCGUUUGUGCGUUAGAUUUGAGUUGUGUACUUGUGUCUUUCUUGUUUUCUAGUGCUGAUCAUAUGCUUAAUAUGUAUAUCUUAAUUAUUUUCUUGAAGAAAAUCUUAUUAAAAAAUAUUUUUCAACUAGUACACAAUUAAAUUUCCCAGUAAUAGCACCAACUCUUUUCUCAGGCUUCUUGCCAAUCUUCAGCAGCAAUCUUCAGUUUUUUCACUUAGGAAGAGAGAUGGACAGCUUGGAAGCCUACAGUUCAGUGACCGCUGAGCAUCUCUGCCUUUUUUCCCUUUCGUAAUUCUUAAUGAAAAUGUAAACAAGCAGGCACAGGUUACUUGUAACAUAAAAUUUUCAAUUCCCAUGCUGAUUACUUACAUUGACUUAACUAUAUUUUAGUACAAAAAGAAAAUGACAUUCUCAUUUCUGUUGCUAAAGAAAAAAUUCUUAUUUCCAACUCAGGUGCUACUCUAGUGUUUCAGAGCUACCAUGACUCCGUUAAAUC